AUGUCUAUUUCAAACCCAAAUUCACGGCUCAGUGAACGACUCCCUGAAACUCCUCCCCAUCUCCAAUGAAAAUCAUCAGUUCCAUCUCUUCUUCCCCUUUCCGUUGAUUAUUUAUCUACUCCGCGCAUCUCAAGUGCACAUACAUCAAGAUCUACUAAAUCCUUGAAAAACUCAACACAAAAUUUAACAGCCCGAUCAUCAGAGCCUGAUGGACGAGCUUUAACGACCCGCAGCACUGACAGACGAUUUUUUGGGAAUUCUGAAACACCUUCAGACCAAACUAAAUGUUCAUUAAAAGAAAGUGGUUCAGUUAAAGCAUAUGCUGCAAGUACAAAUCAAGGAUUAAUCAGAAAUUACAAUGAAGAUAGGGUCAGUAUCAUUUUAUUCUUAAAUAAUUAAGAAUUUUUUAAAUAAAUAUUACUAUGAUAAAAAUGGCAGAUUCAUUGCAGAAAGCAUAAACAUAAUGAAACCUCCUAACCGAAGUGGAGAACCAUGGCCACGCUGCUCGUUUUUUGGGGUUUAUGAUGGACAUGGAGGUGCAGCUUGUGCUGAUUUUUUAAGAGAUAAUCUGCAUCAAUAUGUAAUAAGAAAUCAUUAUUUCCCACACAACCCAAAAGAAGCAAUAAGAAAUGGAUUUGAAGCUGCUGAACGAGCUUUUCUUGAGCUAGCUGAAAGGAAUCAGCCCGUAGAAAGAUCAGGGAGCUGCGCAAAUGUUGUACUCAUUGUAGGAGACAAUUGUUAUGUAGCUAAUGUAGGGGAUUCAAGAGCUGUGAUGAGCGGAGACGGCGGAACAAAAAUUUAUCCUUUAUCAAAAGACCAUAAACCUUGUGAGGAAAAAGAAAGACAAAGGAUUAUUAAUAAUGGAGGAAAGGUCUAUCAGUCUACUGCACAAGUUCAAGGAAGCCAAAUCGCAGGGCCUUAUAGGAUUUUUCCGGGCCGUCUUUCAGUAUCUCGAACUAUUGGAGAUAUUGAAGCUAAAAUAUCAUAAAUAAAAUGGCAUUCGGCUCAGGAAACAUUUUCUCCCUAUAAUUUUAUUUAUAAGGUAUUUUUUUCUGAAGAGCUUCCUCCUCACAGCAAUAACAGCAUAACUUCUAGUAAAUUAAGUCCUCUUCGUGCAGUCAAGAGGCUCAAGGUAUUUGCAAUCAGCACGCAUGAGGAAGGUGACCCUUAGGUGGAGCACUCACAGAUGCUAAGUUUGGCAAGGGUGGCUCAACACAAUAUGGGGUUUGUUUUGGAAUGCCACAUGUAGUACUCCAUUUUAAGCAGCAGGAUGACCCGUUAUGUCAUUAGUUCUCAAGGCCAAUCCCCUCUUUUGGGAAUUGCAUUAAAAACCUAAAAACCAAAUUAAAUUAUAAUCUCUCUGAAGCCAAAAUGCCGAGCUAUAAUGGAAAUCCAAAUGUCUUGAUAUCAACUCCAGAAAUCAAGGCCUUCCGAAUCCACCAAGAUUUUGACUUCAUUAUCUUGGCUACCGAUGGGAUUUUUGAUAAAAUGACCAAUAAAGAAGUAAUAAAAAGCGCGUGGUCUUGCAUUUACGACUCGAAGACCAGAAAUGCACAUCAAUUGUGUGGAAUUGCAGUGGAAAAUGUAAUGAGCACUGCACUAAAUAAAAAAACAACUGACAAUGUUACAGUUGUGAUGGUCGGGCUUGAAGGGUUUAUAAACAAAAUUGAAGAGCUUUAUGGAAAAGAAUGCUUGUCUUAA